ACCUUCUUCUCUACCACAUCCUCUCAUUUGUGCUUAUCUUCCCUUUCGACCCAGUGACAUGUUAUUUUCUUUUAAAGCAACGGUUUGAAAUUGAGUGCAGUCAGACCUUUUGUGCUGACAGAAUUCACAAGAGGCUCUAUUCAGAUUGAGUACAGCCCUCCACUUCUUAUAUCGCUGUUUUGACAGGAGUUGACAUCAGUUAAGGGAACUCAAUUCAGCUGAAGUCACCCGAUUCUGUCGAGUCGGCCUCGGAGUGCUGAAGGUUUUGUUGACAGGUGGUGAAAAUCUCACCUCAAGGAGAAGCAAUGGAGGCUAGCAUCUUUGAGUAUCACAAAGAGGAGGACACUGUGGACAUUGAGUCUUUUCAGGGAGAGAAGCAGAAGCUUAUUCAGCCAUCAUCUUUAAAAGACCCCAAGCUUGAAAAGCUAAAGGAGGCAUUGGUUUGUUGGAUCAAUAGCACUUUGAAACUGGAGCACAUAGUGGUUCAGAGUCUGGAGGAGGAUCUGUAUGAUGGACUUGUGCUUAAUCACUUGCUGUCCACGUUGGCUGGUGUGCACUUGUCGGUGGAGGAGAUGGCACUGACCAGCACGGCUCAGAUCCACAAGCUGGAAGUGGUCCUGAAGGAGUUGGACAAGAGACUGGGCCUCCAGGACAGCAGCCAGAUCAAGUGGAACGUCAAACUCAUCCACAACAAAGACCUUCUGGCCACUAUUCAUCUGCUGGUUGCCAUGGUGAGAUGUUUCCAGCCUGAACUGGAUUUGCCACCAAAUGUGAAGGUUGAAGUUGUAGUUGUGGAAGUCAGCAGAAGUGGAAUCAAAUCAGAUGUACAGACGGAGGUCCUAACAUUGGAAAGAAAUGCAGGCUCAGAGUCCCUCAGCAAUACUGAAGGGGAAGAACCCAUCGAGCAACUGCUGAAGCUUGAGGCUCACAAGGUCAACACGGUGAAGCAGGCGAUCUUACACUUUGUCAACCAGAAUAUGUCAACCAUGGGUCUACAGGUGGCUGAUAUGGACAAACAGUUUUCUGACGGUGUGAUUCUGCUGCUGCUGAUCGGGCAGUUGGAAGGCUUCUUCAUCCCUCUCUGUGACUUCAACCUGACCCCUGUCAAUCCCUCUGAGAUGCUUCACAAUGUGACCUUGGCCUUGGACCUCCUUAAUGACACAGGCCUUCAAGUGUCCAGUGUGGAACCACAAGAUGCUGAUGGUGCAUACUUACUAAAUGUUUCCUGUGGCUCAUGUGACAGAUAUUGUCUCUCAGGACAUCGCUGCCACCUUGAAGGUCCUGUACGCCCUGUUCAAGAAGCACAAAGGGAAAAAAUGAGAGACAAGAGAAGAGGAAGUCAUCAACCAGAAAUACAAAGAGCGGAAGAGAGGUGGAGUGUUUGGUCAGCUUGUGGUUUCUUUGGUCUCUAAACUGUUGCAAAUGCAAACGUACAUGUAAUUAUUUCAAGGGGGACGUUUGACUGUUUAUAGGCAUUUCUCUGAUGCUCUCAUGCUAGUGUAAAAUAAGUGCAAGAAGCUUAAAUAAUGUUAAUGAGUCACGCAUGAUCAAGGAUAGCCCUUUCUAAGAUCAGCAUUUAUGACAUAAAUGAAAUGAAAUAAACUUAUUUUAAUUAAAGUUAUUUAGUGGUGUUGGAACCAAUAUGGGUGUUUUUUUGGUUUCUUUUUGAAAUAGCGGUUUAUAUUGUUUGGGUGCUAGUAUGCCAUGCCUUAGGGGAGCAGUGACAUGUUGGUGAUGGGUCACGUCACACAAUCCAGUAAUAAAUAUCCACAGGGGGGUGGUUUAAUAGGUCUUACUUAAAAUGGCACAAUAUAGACUAUUAAAUGACACAAAACAAUAGGAUAAAAUCUAAAUAAUGCACAAGCACCAACACAAGAAAGAAGAAAACCACAUUCUGCAGUCUACAAACAGCAAGACAAGAGAAGCAAGUGACAAAGGAUAACUAAGUUAUGCGUGUGGUGUUUCAUUCACCACUGUGGGUAUUGGUAUUGGGCCAAUUAGUAAGUCCCCUAUGUAUGCCUUCAUGGUCUGUUGUUGUCAGUGUAAGGACAAUAAGGGCUGGAGUAUACUCUAUCAGAGGUAGGUCGCAUGGCGUGUUGUUAAAAAAUGCCUUUUCUGAACAGCCAUGCUCGAAGUCCAGGGUCAAAAGCCAGUCAGAGUCAUCGAGAGAGGGCAGACUCGAUGUCUUUUAAAAGUGGGAAUAAUGGCGCACAUUUUCACAGUCUCUCCUGGGAGACAUUCAUAGUGUUGCACUCGGUUUUUCACAUGGAAAGUGAGAAUGGAAAAAGAGAGUUCAAACCCUGGCUCCUUUCUCACCUCCGCACAGCUGACCAAUCACUGUGUGAAGUGGGUGUGAAUUUGAAUGAAGCUAUUCGACCAUCCAACAAGCACUUCUGAUAGAGUAUACUAGCCCCUUAAAACCACCUUUUGUUUUCCUUUCACAUAUUUUAAAUUUGGUUUGCAUUCAGUCAAAAUGCAUGUGGUGUAGAUGUUCGCGUAGCCAAGUGUUAUUUCCUAGUAAUCGCUUCCUCUCUUCCCCUCUCCAUAUUUGCUCUUCAGUCUGACACUGCUCGAACAUUGUACUUUUCAUUCCUGCUAUAGAAAAACCAUCGUCCUUGACUGCCACUCAGACAAUAAACAAUGUGAAUUUCUGUCUCAGCUUCUUGUGUGUGUUCCCACUGACAGCCUGUGACCUCCUCUCUGUGAAUGCAAUUGUCGUUUCUCAGAAAAAUUGUGGGAUUUUUUUUUUUGCUAUUGAAUUGUUCUGAACUGAAUGUCACACACAUGUAGAGAGGUUGCAGCAGGCAGCGAUAGAGGGAGGCACAGAGAAUGAGACACAGACAAUAGAUGUGAUUCCAUCAAAGCAUAUUUUGCUAAUUAUGAGUAGAAAUAAAAGUUGACUAGAACUCGGAUAGAAUGUCCACUUAAAUUAUCCUCUGUGUCGCAAAGAGGGGUAAUUUCUCUGCUGAAAAAGACAUUUAUGCAAACCAUUAAUCCCUUUUUUUCAUCAGCAAGUUCCUUAGUGUUAAAUAAUAAUAUCUCUUUACCAGUGCUGCCUCUCUGGAUUAGUUUUGUGGAUGUAGUUUGUGUAUUAGCAAAUUACAGAGUGAAUGUCUUUGUUUUUGUCUCGAGGUUAAAGUAUGAAAUAUAGGGAACAUGAAACGGUACACCAUUCACUGUUACACUUUUUUAUUCUACCAGUUAUCUUGCAGAUGUGUUUGUUGACAUUCAGGAAGCCAAUUUAUUCGUUUCCACCAAGGUGAUGGAAAAUACUCUAAAUUCACAUUUUAUUUCCCCUGACAUUUCAAAAAAUAUUUGCUUGGCAGCCAGAUGGAAAUGUAGCUACUGUAUAGAGCGAGGGACAAGCAGAGACAGAGAUAGAAAGAGACACUGAGGUGUGUGUUGCUCUUGUUCAUAAUUUAAAUUGGCCAUUUCAGCGGACUGUUAAAGUAUUAUGAAAUAAAAAUGGCUUUUUGGUUUGUUUUCCAAUAUACAGACCAUGAACUCCUCAACUAGGUAGUUUGUUGAAAAUUAAAUUGCACAUUGCUUUAUGAAGGGCAGUAUCCAUUGUAGUACCUGGUCAAACCAUGAAUGAACAGAGCUGCAAUAAGCAUUUUAAGGCUUCUCAAAUACAAACUGUAAGGUUAUUUCAUGGUUACACAUAAGUCAUAUAGGUUUGCUCUAACAUUAGGUGGUCCAUAUAAACAUUUGGCACUGUCUUUCUGAAUAAACCAAUGUUGAGCUUGACAUCAAGUUGUAUGUGAAUGUGAAUUUAAAUAUGUUAUGAUGAAAUUGUUUAUAUUUACUGAAUGUUUGUCAGGAGGGUUUUGACCUUGGGUACAGUCUGUGUCAAGGUUGCUUGGAUAUGCUUUCAGGGUAUAAAUUGUAUUUUUGGUGAAAUAAAUUGUUAAAACCUU